ACAAACUUUCUCCUUCCAAUCCAUCCAACGAAAGAUCCAAUUCUAAGCAGCUGCCCCUCUCUCUCUCUCUAUGUAUCUGCCUGUAAGCUGUAAGCAAUAAAACUUUUUCCUUUCUCCCAAAAAAAACUCCCAAAUCAUCUCUCUCUCUCUCUCUCUUCCUCUGCUCUUCUCCCCCCUUUUCCGUUUUCCUUUUCUCCCCCUCCCUCUCCCUAAAAAAUGUCGACUCCCCUGCCAUCCACAAUGGCUUCCAUAAUCAUCUUCUCCGUCUCCCUCCUCCUCAUCCUCUCACUCUCACUCUCACCCGCCGCCGCCGGCAGCGGCAUGUCGGCGUCGCUCCAGAAGCUCCUCCACAGCCAGGGGCUCCCCGGAGGACUGUUCCCCGACAAUGUCAAAUCGUUCGAUCUCGAUUCCACCGGCCGGCUCGAGGUCGAGCUCGACGGCCCCUGUUUGGCCAAGUUCGAAAACAGAGUGUUCUUCGAGAGCGUGCUGCGGGCCAAUCUCAGCUUCGGCGGGCUCAUCGGAAUGGAAGGGUUAACUCAGGAGGAGCUCUUCCUUUGGUUCCCCGUCAAAGGGAUCUUCGUCAGCGAUCCGGCGUCGGGGGUUAUCCUGCUAGAUAUUGGCCUCGCUCGUAAGCAGCUCUCUGUUUCUCUGUUCGAAGAUCCGCCUUCUUGCAAGGCUCAACAAGGUGAGUUGUUGAAGGAUUCCACAGCAAUGGUGGGAUUUGCAGCUGAGAGAUGAGAAAAAAAAAGGUUUAAACUUUCAUAUAGUGAAGGACAGAGAGAGACAAAGAGAAUUUUCAAGUUUCCUUCCCUCCACCGGUUUUGAUUUUUCUUCUUCUUCUUCUUCCAGUCUUUCUGGGUUUUCUUUAUGUUCUUCAUCUUCUUUUAACCUUUUCCUUUUCUUUCAUUUUUGUUUCUCUUGCUUUUGUUUGAAUCAAAGUUUUGAGUGGGGGAAUAGAGGGUAGUGAUAGAAAUUGUACAAAUGUUGGUAGUGGACUUCUGGUGGGUUGGGGGAAAAUGGAGGGAGGGCUUAAGGAUUCUUGAAUUCUCUUGUUGAUAAACAUUUUGAAUUUUUAGUUUAUAGAGUUCCAAAAGAUCUUCUGUGUUUGGAUGGAUGAUGAUUGUCUUCCUUAAAUUUCAUCUAUACUUGCAAUUAGGGGAGCAAUUAGUGGGGGGGAAGAUGGAGUGAUUAGAAGCUAAAAAUGAGUAAAUUAUGGUCUUAAUUGAAGUGACCAAUUUUCAGACCAGUUCUGUGAAUGCCAAGUUAAAGCCACUUCUGGUAAGUAGUAAGGUUGUUAGCUGCUAAAAUUGUUUAGGGUAAGUAGCUAGUGGAGAGCCCAUCUUUUUAUAGGAAAAAGCCUGAUAUUGCUACUAGCCUACCACCACAAUGCCACAGAUUCUACUCCUUUUAGAGUUUAUGAGGCAGAGCCAUGAUUGGAGUUCUUUCACUUGAAAAAAAGCCGGAUUCCAUGGAUGAUUUCCAGCAAGUUGUCGACUGUCUUCUGAACUCUGAAUCUCUUCCCUUUUUCGCUCUAUACUCUACUCCACAACAAACUUCUCAGUUACUGGAUUAGCUCGGGGG